UGAUUUUUUCCCUCAAAAAAAGAAAUAAUCAAGUUUGAUCCCCCCCCCAAAAAAAAAAAAAAUCAACUCUGAUUUUUUCCUCAUAAAAAGAAAUAAUCAAGUCUGAUCCCCCCCACCCAAACAACCAAAAAAAUCAAGUCUGAUUUUUUCCCUAAAAAAAAAAUGACAUCAAGUCUGAUUUUUUUCCCCCCUUAUACAAAAAUGAUGACAUUAUAUAAAGCUGAGAAUUACACUGAAAUGUACAACACCAACUACAAAAAACUGAGUUAUUAAAAAAAAAUCAAUUAAGAAUGGGCUAUCCACCUUGUGCUAAUCCUAAGCAUUGUGACAAUUCUUCAUGCUGCACUCAAGGGGGAAAGUACGAGUGGCCAGAGUUGCUUGGAAAGGAAGGAACAAUAGCCAAGACCCUAAUUGAAAGUGAAAAUCCUGGAUUGACGGUUGUGACUAAGGCAGCAGAUUCUACCAUUGCAGUUACUGAUUUCUGUUGCAACCGUGUUUUAAUGUAUGUUAGUCCUGGGGGUAGUGUUGUUCUUCCACACCCCCGUGUUGGAUAAUGGGAUUAUGCAAGUUGUAAUAUGCUCAAUAAAAAUCAUCAAUAAAAUUUCUUGAUUUUCAAGUA